AUGGCGACACCGAUCAUUGAGAUUGUCUUGUCCGGAAAAUCCAGCAGCCGGUAUUACCUGUCACUGGCGGACCUGGAGGGCCUUUCUGGAGUAAAUUCUCCGAAAGCCCUGAAUCUCUGUCGAUUCGAGGGCCCUCGAGGAACCGGAAAAGGGAGAGAGUCGGUGCGUUCCGUGUGUGACACCCCCUGCUUAACUCGGGCCGGCAAAGCUCUUUCGUACGCCAGUGACUUUUCUGGUCCAAUGGACGUCAAGUGGGAUGGUCUAGAUUGCUAUGGGCUUGUGGAGGAUGUAGAGAGUGAUUAUAGUGGAAAAGAUGAUCAGGUUGAUGUCUCCCCGAAAGAAUCGGAAACUCAAACGUGA